UCAUUCAGAGUGGGAAAGCGCCAGCCCAGCGGCCAGCCAGUACCGGGCUGGCCAUGUAAGGCCCCCAGGCAGUCCUGCCUGUCCGGUGCCCUGCAGAGAGCCUCGUGCAGCCCUGGGCACCGCCCCUGCCCUGCCCUGACCCCUUGGCCUCGAAAUGCUGUCAUCGGAGGAGCCGUCCCGCUCGGGACAAGGCCAGGAUGGACAAAGCUAGAGCUGGGGCAGGCAAGGAGCCGUCCUGUCCUCGAGGCCGUGGGAAGAGAAGCACGUACAGGAGUACACUCCUGAGAGCCUCUCGGUCCACCAGGCCUCUGCAGAGGGGCCACCAUGGCUGUAGCCCGAGCAUGCUGGCAGCUGGGGGCCCUGGUGUGGGGCGCCUGCCUCUGCGUCCUGGUGCACGGGCAGGAGGCGCGGCAGAGGCAGGGCUCGGACCCGGGGCGCUGGCGGCAGCUGAUUCAGUGGGAGAACAACGGGCAGGUGUACAGCCUGCUCAACUCCGGCUCAGAGUACGUGCCGGCCGGGCCCCAGCGCACCGACAGUAGCUCCCGGGUGCUGCUAGCCGGCGCACCCCAGGCCCCGCAGCGGCGCAGCCAAGGAGGCCCCCGGCGUCGGCAAGCCCCGUCGCUGCCCCUGCCAGGGCGCGUCGGCUCGGACACCGUGCGCGGCCAGGCGCGGCACCCGUUCGGCUUCGGCCAGGUGCCCGACAACUGGCGCGAGGUGGCCGUCGGGGACAGCACUGGCAUGGCCCGGGUCCGCACCUCCGUCUCCCAGCAACGACACGGGGGCUCCGCCUCCUCGGUCUCGGCCUCGGCCUUCGCCACCACCUACCGCCAGCCGCCCUCCUUCCCUCAGCAGUUCCCCUACCCGCAGGCGCCCUUCGUCAGCCAGUACGAGACCUACGACCCCGCGUCGCGGACCUACGACCAGGGCUACGUGUACUACCGCGGCGGCGGCGGCGGCGGUGGCGCGGGGGCGGCGGCCGUGGCCUCGGCGGGGGUCAUCUACCCCUUCCAGCCGCGGGCGCGCUACGAGGAGUACGGCGGAGGCGAGGAGCAGCCCGAGUACCCGCCGCAGGCCUUCUACCCGGCCCCCGAGAGGCCCUACGCGCCGCCGCCGCCGCCGCCGCCGCCCGCCGACGGCCUGGAUCGCCGCUACUCGCACAGCCUGUACCACGAGGGCACCGCCGGCUUCGAGCAGCCCUACCCCGACCCGGGCCCCGACGCGCCGCCCGCCGGCGGCGGCGCCUACGCCGCCGACCCCCGCCUCGGCUGGUACCCGCCCUACGCCAACGUGCCGCCCGAGGCCUACGUCCCGCCGCGGGCCGUGGAGCCGCAGCCCCCGUUCCGCGUGCUGGAGCCGCCCUACCUGCCGGUGCGCAGCUCCGACGCGCCCCCGCCCGGUGGGGAGCGCGGCGGCGCGCAGCAGGGCCGCCUCAGCGUGGGCAGCGUGUACCGGCCCAACCAGAACGGCCGCGGUCUCCCUGACUUGGUCCCGGACCCCAACUACGUGCAAGCAUCCACUUAUGUCCAGAGAGCCCACCUGUACUCUCUGCGCUGUGCUGCGGAGGAGAAGUGUCUGGCCAGCACAGCCUACACUCCCGAGGCCACUGACUACGACGUGCGGGUGCUACUCCGCUUCCCCCAGCGAGUGAAGAACCAGGGCGCCGCGGACUUCCUCCCGCACCGGCCGCGGCACGCCUGGGAGUGGCACAGCUGUCACCAACAUUACCACAGCAUGGAUGAGUUCAGCCACUACGACCUGCUGGAUGCAGCCACAGGCAAGAAGGUAGCCGAGGGCCACAAGGCCAGCUUCUGCCUGGAGGACAGCACCUGUGACUUCGGCAACCUCAAGCGCUACGCAUGCACCUCUCACACGCAGGGCCUGAGCCCCGGCUGCUAUGACACUUACAACGCGGACAUCGACUGCCAGUGGAUUGACAUAACUGAUGUGCAGCCCGGGAACUAUGUCCUCAAGGUUCACGUGAACCCGAAGUAUAUUGUUUUGGAGUCUGACUUCACCAACAAUGUGGUGAGAUGCAACAUUCACUAUACAGGUCGCUAUGUUUCUACGACAAACUGCAAGAUUGUCCAAUCCUGAUCUCGGAGAGGAUGGACACACGGCCAAUGUCCCCACUUCCCAAAGCCGGCCCGGCUCCCCAGGAAGCCUCCUGCCAGGACAGACCUGGCCCCGAGGGGCCCAGCCCCCACCCACAGGCAGGGGCAGCUGGAAGCCACAGGCAUCCCUCCCUGCCGGCCUCAGGGAGCAAACGCAGACCGAAACCACAGGGAUUCCGGAUGCCAGGCCCAAUUUUGUACUUAACUCUUCUCUACAACGUUAUUUUGUCGAUGGUUGGUUUUUAUUUUUUGUAUUUUGGCCUUACCACAGAGCAAGAUUGCCCAGGCCCCGGGCUGAAUAAAACAAGGUUUUUCUA